AGCUGCUGCCGGACCAGCAAGAACAGCUUUGAACCGGUUUGUCGCCGGCUCCAAAAGCCGCAAGAAACGGAUGCACAAUGAACGUUGUUGAUGCGGAGCCGCUUUUCUGACACGUAGACCAGCACACAUCCCGGCGGGGAGGGAAAUCUGCGCCCGUGCGCGACACUUUAUCGCCUGUGUGCAGAAAGGGGGGCUUUAAAGCGGGGCAGAACCAUCCUGCAUGGAAAGUUGCCCCCAGAGCAGAGCGCACAGCUCCGCAGCCGCCUGCUGCUGCUGUUUUUGUUGAUGCUGAGGAUCCCCUCCUCAGUCCGGCUGCAGCACAUCGCUCACAGGGCAGCAGUACCACCGGCACCAUGACAUCGUCUUCUAAAGCUCUGGACGGAGGCUGGGGAUGGGUGAUCGUUGCAGCCUCCUUCAUGGCACAGCUCCUGGCCUACGGGUCGCCCCAGUCGAUGGGCGUCCUGUACCCCGAGUGGCUGCAGGCCUUCCAAGAGGGCAAGGGCAUGACGGCCUGGGUGGGCUCCCUGGUGGCUGGAGUUGGACUAAUAGCCAGUCCUGUCUGCAGCGCCUGCGUGGACAACUUCGGCGCUCGCCCCGUGACCAUCUUUAGUGGCGUAAUGGUGUCUGGCGGCCUGAUGCUCAGCGCCUUUGCUCCAAACGUCCAGUUCCUCAUCUUUUCCUAUGGAAUUGUGGUUGGCCUGGGCUGUGGUCUGGUCUACGCAGCCACUUUGACAAUCACCUGUCAGUAUUUCGAUAAGCGGCGCGGCCUGGCCCUCGGCAUUGUCACCACAGGCACAAGUGUGGGUGCGUUCAUCUACGCCACCAUCCAAAACGAGCUGAUUGUUCUGUACGGCUUGGAUGGCUGCCUGCUCAUCAUCGGGGCUUUAGCACUGAACCUAAUGGCCUGUGCGGGUUUCAUGAGGCCUCUGAACAUGCCGGGGUACUACCUAAAACAGAAGGCCGCCCUGGAGCGCAACACGGAGGAGCAGCUUUUUGAGAAGCCGGCGUUCGAUGACCUCAAAAUCACAGCGGGUUCGACCACAACCACACCGGAGAAACCUCUGACAGUGAAAGAGCUCCUCAUUAACAUCGAAGCCAAGGAAAUGUCUGUUCAGACAGAGAAGAAUAAAGGCAGCUUCCUUGCUGGAUUAGCCAUCAUGAAAGUCAUUAAGAAGAAGCAGCAGGCCUAUUCCAAAUACAUGCAGUCCAUGUAUGAAAUCCUGCAGGACCAAGCCAUGGUGGCCUUCUGCAUCGCUGUCUUCCUCUUCAGCCUGGGUGCAUUCCCUCCCGUGCUCUUCAUUGAGGACGUGGCACAAAGCGAAGGACUCAUUGAAGAAGUUUGUGUCAUUCCUCUGGUGUCCAUCGGGGCCAUUUCUGCAGGUGUGGGUAAACUAGUUCUGGGCAUCCUGGUGGACAUCCGUUGGAUCAACAGCAUCUAUUUGUAUGCCUUCACCAUGUUUGCUGGAGGUGUGGUGCUGCUUCUUAUCCCCAUCACUAAGACUUAUGUGGGACUGCAGAUUCUGUCUUCUGUCCUCGGUUUCUUCUCUGGAAACUGGUCUCUCACCUCCUACAUUACCACAAAGAUUGUCGGCUUGGACAGACUGACCCAAGCCCACGGAAUCCUGAUGUUCUUUGGGGGAUUUGGGAUCAUGCUCGGACCUCCUGUUGUUGGCUGGUUCUUCGACUGGACGCAAUCAUAUGACUGGGCUUUCUACUUCAGUGGGAGCUGUGUUAUUCUGGGAGCGUUCAUCCUCUUUCUGCUCACUCUUCCUUGCUGGCACAGAAAGCACGCCGACAACAACAGGCCAGACGUCCAUUACACCAGCAACUGUGAUAAAGUUGCCUCAGUAGCCUGAAUAUGAGCACCUUUCAUGAGAAGUCAUGAAGUCUCACGCCAACUGCCCAGCGACUGUACCUGAAGCACCUCGAGGAGGAAGUUCCUUUCUCUGACUGCACACAUUUCUGCUGUCAGGUUUCUAGAUACCAAAUUUUGGAAAAACAGGCCUUUCCUCUGUACUUAACCUGCACCUCUCAGGUUGAAAUCACUCACUAACGGAUUGUUUUUAAAGGUUGAACUCUGAUGCUUUUGUUGAAUUUUUUGUUAUUGCCUCAUUUUACGAGGUCAAAGAACAAUACUGUUAGAGUCCCAAAAGCCCACGUUGUGUUAAUGUAUACACAGGUUUCCACUUCAUGGCAGUGUUGAAGUGUUAUCGGGUGGCCAUAACAAUUGUUUGAGUGUUACUGUAAUAAAAUUUAAAGUCACUCUGCACAAAAAAAAAGGAUCUCAUUGCAAUAGAAGAAUGCAGAAAUUGAAUGAAGGAGGGAGCUCGUUUUGAUAAUCAUGAAAAACUUUGUUUUUAUUUUGUGCUCUGGUUUUGAUGUAUACCUUAAUUACUCCACAAUGUAUUUUACCAAAGCAUCCAUUACAGUCAAUGCCUGUCAACACAUAAUGCCUGUUGGAACAACCCAAGAGCCUUGCUUUCUAGUUAUUUUGUGUUUUAAGUGCAUUGACUUUUUUGUUUGUAACUUUGUUUUUUGUUUUUUUUAAGAAUGGCUUGACUUCCACAUACCUCUCUGUUUCGGUAUGAAGCAGAAGUUGUGUUGAUUCACAAACAUGUACCUUAACAGCAUGUGGAUUUCUUUUGCAACACAGUUAUUAUGACCUGUACUGGCAUUUAUGUUGUCCAGGUUGGUCCUCUUGUCUAUCAAGUUGUGUGUUUGUUUGUGUGUGUGUGUGUGUGUGUGUGUGUGUGUGUGUGUGUGUGUGUGUGUGUGUGUGUGUGUGUGUGUGUGUGUAUAAAUGUGUGUGUGCGUAUGUGUGUAUAUAAUGUAUGCCCUUGUGUCUACACACAUAGUUGCAUAUGUGCACACGAUUGUGUAUCUGGAGACUGUUUGAUAAACUUUUGUAUCAGCACUAGAUUAUGUCCAAUGUGCUAGUGACUUUUUUAUGCACAAUACCAGCCAGAGAGCUGUUAAAAAGUUGUUUCUGUUUGACUCUUGUUAUCAUAAUUGUAACAAAUACAUUGCAAUAGGCUUUUAGAAUCGCUUGAAAACUGUUAAUUAGACCACUACAAAUGUGUGUUUUGUUUUGUCUUGUUUUUUUUUUAUAUAGUUGCUGACUGAAUCUGGGAUAUUAGUAUUUGCUUUUUAUAUUUGUAGAGGGUACUCAUGGGGUGCUGAUGAGUUACAAUUUGUAGAGAAAACUGUUUUAGACUUUUUAUUUUUUUUUAUUGCAGUAUUAUUUAUGUUGAAAUGUAUGUUCU